CCCACAAAGGCUAAUGUGGGAAACUGCUUCUUGCCAGCAGCCACAUCGAUGUCAGACGAAACUGCAUACCCGCACCUCCGCGCGCUGCUCGACGCCGGCGCAGACCGCGUGGGCGACAUGCACUUCGUGACGCUCGGCGGGUGCAUCACGCAGGGCCCGCUGCCGAGCCAGGACCGCUUUCAUGGGGAGAUGUGGGACCUUCCGGGCGGGAAGUGGAAGUUCUCGAUGGUGCUUGAUGGACACGGUGAACAGGACGAUACGGUUGACUUUGCGCUUGCGGAGCUGCCCCGGGCAGUAGAGCGCGCGCUCGCAGCCGAGUUCGCUGCAGGCAACCCUCUUGGAAACGAGCAAAUUGCGGCGCUGCUUACGCGUACGAUCGUCGCGCUGGACGAACGCAUCAAGAACGACUUUCUUGCCCUCCUUCCCGCGGACCUGGCCGGCUUCGACGCCUCAAAAGAGCUGCGCUAUGCAGACGGCAAUACAAGAGUCGAGGUACGCCGCUGUGCAAACGGCACGACGGUGUGUAUUGCGCUGGUAGAUCCGACUGGAGGCGUACACGUGGUGAAUGUCGGCGACUGCGAUUCCUUCCUUUGUUGGACGUCGGGCCCUGAUGACGUCUGGGAGACGCUGGACCUCGCGCCGCACCACCGUACCUCCAACCCGGCAGAAAUCGCGCGCAUCCGGAGCGAACACCCCGACGAGCCCGAUUGCGUAACCGCAGACGAACGCCUCCUCACUCUGCGGGGCAUGAACCUCAGCCGCGCCAUCGGCGACGUGCACUACAAGUUCCCCAACGCCAUCCUCGAGGUCAUCGCGCUAGCUACUAGCCCAAACUACGCGCUCUAUCUGCGGAGCUACAACAAGACACCGCCCUACAUGUCGCACGUGCCUGAGGUUUUCCACGCGCAGCGGCCCGCCGGCGUGCCUCCGGGGGGCCACUGCUUCCUGAUCCAGUCGUCCGACGGCCUCGACAGCCUGAUCGCCGGCCGCGCCACCGCGUACCAGGGGCGGCUCGUCCCCGGCGCGAUGGCACGCGUCGCGGCCGCCGCUGGCAGGGCACGCGACGAGGAGGGAAAUAUGGCGCGCGCGGUCAUUUGGGAGUCGUUCGCGAGCGAGGUUGUGGGUUUGAAUUUGUAUGAGUUGGCGGAUACCGGGAAGUGGGGUGGCCGGCGGGAUGAUAUCACGGUGGCAGUUGUGCCCGUGUGA